GUCAAUCUGCCCUCAUCACAUCAGACCAUCAGACAAAUAAAAGCUCCAAAAUCCCAAACUCCUUUCCUUUUCUUCCUUACUCUAUAUCUAUCCCUUCCUUCAAAUCCCGGCAUUCCCAUACCCUGCAUUUUUAUUUUUUUCCGCUAGGGUUUUUCUUUUACUUCUUCUUUCAAUCUUCUUCAGAUUCUUCAAUGGCGUUCUGGUGGCCUCUGCUCGUCCUCGGGCUCGCGUACGUGCUCUGCCGCUUCUUGCUCAUGCUCAUCCCUCCAAACGUGCCUUCGAUCGAUGUCGAUGCCUCCGAUGUGUUGGAUGAUGGAAGCCAAGCGAAGGAGAACAGCUACAUUUAUAUCCCGAGAAAGGGAAGGGCUGUUCAGUCAGAUAAAGUUCAGUGCUACGAGCCUGCAACAAUGAAGUACUUGGGAUAUUUCCCUGCGCUUACACCUGAUGAGGUCAGUGAUCAUGUGGCACAGGCAAGGAAGGCACAGAAGAAAUGGGCAAAGAGUAGCUUCAAGCAAAGGCGACAGUUUCUGCGGAUACUUUUGAAGUAUAUUAUUGAACACCAGGAGCUGAUAUGCGAAACUUCUUCUCGAGAUACUGGAAAGACAAUUGUAGAUGCUUCUUUGGGAGAGAUUAUGACUACAUGUGAGAAGAUCACUUGGCUUCUUGCACAGGGUGAGCGGUGGCUGAAGCCUGAGUACAGGUCUUCUGGAAGGUCAAUGCUGCACAAGAUAUCAAAAGUGGAAUUCCAUCCACUUGGUGUGAUUGGUGCAAUUGUUUCUUGGAAUUAUCCAUUCCACAAUAUUUUUAAUCCCAUGCUAGCAGCUGUAUUCUCGGGAAACGGUGUGGUGAUAAAGGUCUCAGAACAUGCAAGCUGGUCUGGAUGUUUCUAUUUCCGAAUUAUUCAAGCUGCUCUUGCUGCUGUUGGAGCUCCAGAGACCCUGGUCCAUGUAAUAACAGGAUAUGCUGAAACAGGAGAAGCUCUCGUGUCUUCAGUAGACAAAGUCAUUUUUGUGGGAUCACCUGGUGUGGGAAGGAUGAUAAUGAAACAUGCUGCAGAUACAUUGAUACCAGUUACCCUCGAGCUUGGCGGAAAAGAUGCAUUCAUUGUGUGUGAGGAUGUAGAUGUACCUCAUGUUGCGCAAAUAGCAGUUAGGGCUGCUCUUCAAUCUAGUGGGCAGAAUUGUGCUGGUGCUGAGAGAUUUUAUGUUCACCGGGACAUUUAUUCUACUUUUGUUGCUCAAGUAGUCAAAAUUGUAAAAUCUGUAUCUGUUGGACCCCCACUAGCAGGGAAAUAUGACAUGGGAGCAAUAUGUUUGCAAGAGCACGCUGACAAGCUUCAAAACCUUGUGAAUGAUGCCUUGGAUAAGGGGGCUGAAAUUGCUGGUAGAGGAAGCUUUGGCAAUUUAGGUGAAGAUGCAGUUGACCAGUUCUUUCCACCUACCGUCCUGGUGAAUGUUAACCACACAAUGAAGUUGAUGCAAGAGGAGGCUUUCGGGCCGAUCAUCCCGAUUAUGAAAUUUAGUACCGAUGAAGAGGCUAUCAAUCUCGCUAAUGACUCAGACUAUGGACUCGGCUGUGCUGUGUUCUCUGGCAGCCAACGCCGUGCAAAAGAGAUUGCUUCCCAAUUACAUUGUGGAGUUGCUGCAAUUAAUGAUUUCGCAUCAUCAUACAUGUGUCAGUCCCUGCCAUUUGGGGGUGUGAAACACAGCGGAUUUGGAAGAUUUGCUGGGGUGGAGGGACUGCGAGCUUGCUGCCUCGUCAAAUCAGUUGUGGAGGAUAGAUGGUGGCCAUAUAUCAAAACCAUGAUCCCGAAGCCACUUCAGUAUCCUGUUGCAGAUAAUUGCUUCGAAUUUCAAGAGUCGCUUGUUGAAGCUCUCUACGGCUUGAACGUGUGGGAUCGACUGCGGGCAUUGGUUAAUGUCAUAAAGAUCCUUUCAGAGCAUAACAGUGCUGCCGGCCCUGCGGGAAGGAAUCAGUAAUUCCACGGCUGUGUUACCUCCCAGAAGCAGUUAGGUUUGUUUCAUGGAUCUGCUGACUUUAUUAUGGAGUUUCAUGGGCUGUGGUUUCCUAGCUGACAUUCUACUGCCAUUAUCUUUUACCAUGAUCAUUGACCAAGCCCUGGGACCUCAAUGUUCCAACCCUUGAAAUGAGUCUUAACCUACAUCCAUGUCUAGAUGGAUCCUUUGGCCCCCAUUUCAUAUGGCGUUUGUGUUCUACAUGUAAUGUAGUGUUCUCAAGAUAGUACAGUAGCUUAGCUACCAGAAAUAACUGCCACAUUACUACAAUUAACAGUGUUAAAACCUAGAUCUUGGGGCUAAUGCAACAAGUUCUAGGAAGUCCGGUUUAGCCAUGUAAUUCACACAAAAUAUUAGGUUGAUUUGUGGUGUAACCGCAUCUAGAGAAAAGAAAUAUGGAAGAAGAUGAUUUAGAUGCAAUACAUGUUUUUCUCCCCUUCUGCUUUA